UUGAGGAAAAUCCUUACUGCUGUUUGCGCUUGUACACCAAAAAGCACCGGUAGUUCAAGUGGUUAAGGCUCUGGGUUAUUGAUCAGAAGGUCAGCUGUUUGAGCUGUUUUAAGCAAAUCAAAGAUGCCCAAACAUGUUCCAGCAUGACAGUGUUUUUGUGCCUAAAAGAAGCUCCAUGAAGACAUGAUGUGUUAAACUUGGGGUAGAAGAUCUGCAGUGUCCCGCAAAGAGCCCUGAUCUCAACCUUAUAGAAGGACCUUCCAGUUCAUUCAGACAGUGGAACAGAUGGAUUUCUCAGUUGAUGGAUUCUCUCUGAUCUUCUCAUUGAUGUAAUGAACUAUUUCCUGGUGAAUGCUGGGGCUACUUCCUGUCUGUGUCACUGGUUUGCAAGAGGAUCUGAUUAGACUUCACUGAGACACCCAGAACAAAGCAAAGAAACAGAUCCAGAUGUCCAUUUUUACAUUCCAGCUCACAAUGGGCAAGAAGACCACAGAAAAGAAGGUUACACUUGCAGAAUCUUUCAUGCAAUUCCAAAUUGAAGUUCAAAGUAAAGAGAUUGAGAAAUUGAAGCAAGACGUUUGGGAAAUAGAAGACAAGAACCAAAAACUUGUUGAACUGCGCGAUCAGCUGCGAGAGGAGCAACAGGAACAUCUCAGUGUGCUGCACAAGCAAGCAAAGGAGCAGGAGAAGAAACCCCUGGAAAAAGAAGUGGCCAGUAAAGAACAAGUAGAACAAGCCGUCCAGCACAAUCUAGAGCUCACAUGCAUCCAGGAGGAAGAGCUGGCAGAAUUGAACAGGAAGCUGAUGAGUGUACAAGGCCAGGUUGGGGAGCUGCAAGUGCAGCGACGAGCUUGGCAGCUAUAUAUGAACAUGGAUAGUGUUGAUCGUCAACAGCAGAUCCAAAACCUCGAGUCAGAACUUGACUCUAUACAGCAUAAAUUUCAGGCAAUAUCAGAAUAUGUUGAGUGCUCUUUGAAAGCAGACAUUUGUAAGAUUGACGAGAUUACAUCCCGGGUGAUUGAAAAAGAGAAGCAACUUGCUACCGAGAGGGCAUUAAAACAGGUUGACAAGCACAGAUUUCAGAUGAUCAGACAGAAUGAGUGGUUUAAGAAACAGCUUGCUGUAUAUCAGGAGGAAGUCUCAGUACUGGAAGCAGCUGUGAAGAACUUAGAGGAGGAGAACUUGGAGCACAUAAAACAUCUGUUUGAACAGCGCCUUGAGGAUAAGCAAAUCUCUAGCAGCGCUUUCCUGACUCAGGCUGAAAACCUGGAGCAUAAUAAAUUCAGCCUUCCUGAAAAAGCAGCAGAAAUAGGGAAAGAACAGCACCAGCAGUCUGGGGAGUUGGAGGAAGAUGGAAUGGAUCACAGCUGCACCUCCCCAACUCACCAUCUCAGCACACUGCUGUCUGGCAGCCAGAGCAACAUUGGGGAACCACUGCACCUGGGUCUUUUGGAGCAGAAGCUGCUGAGUGUGGUUGGCCAAGCCAUGCCCCUUUAUCCUUUACCAUCUGACUCUGAGGAUUUGGACACAUUAACACACCUAGGCCUAUUUCAGGCACAAGAUAGGACUCUCACACCAAACAACAUUCACAACCAGUUCCAAUAAAAAUGCAAUUUUACUCUUUCUGUUUUUCAUUUUUGGCUAAAAAAGACUGCAAAGACCUUCAAUUUCUGUGGUCUGUGUUAAACCUGGGGAUCUUUGGUGCUGUACCUAGUGGUGGGUUCUUCUUUGUACUAGCGGUCUUGCUUGAAGUUCAUUAGAAGCAGAACAAGUUAUUUUGGAUAGGGGCUUUAUAUGUGGUGUUUGUGGCAAAUUCUCUUUUACAAAUUUCUCUUUUUAUAAAGAUAUCAGAUUUAAAUGACCAUGAAGUACACAAUUCUGUCACAUGCACAAACACAAACUCUCUCUCUGUGACACAUUCUGUACCAACAUUCUUUAACCUCUACGACAAUGUUAGUUGAUUAUUUGUAUAUUUAAUGUAACUUUUUAUCGUUUUAAACAUAACUCACUUUAUAACUCACUUCAUGUGAUUUUCACAAUAUAUGAUUAGACAUAAAUAACAUAACUCCUCAUUACCUAGAAACUCUAAAUGUUUAUUGAAUCAUUUUUAUGACAUCAACUGCAUCCACAUGUGUAUAUGAGACAAGCUGAAUAGCAGUAAUGACGCAUGCUGCUGACCGAAUGUUGUGUUGAUAUAAAAAGCUUUUCUUGUCA